AUGGAAACUGAAAAGAGCAACCCGCCGGAGCAGAGCUCUGUCUCCGCUGCCACGUCAUCACCGGUGGCAAUCUCCGGGCGUGGAAAGGCGGAUAUUCUCUUCUCUCUGCUGAGAAUAAACCCUUUUGCUAACCUAGCGAUGGAUGACUUCAACAUAGAGAAAACGGCGUCGUUUACCGUUUUCAGCGGCCGACACGAUCUCUACUCGUUCCCUGACUCAGCGGAGGAGGCCGUCACCCGAGUCAAGAAGAACGUCAAGCUCUUCAUCGGUUACUACAUCCUUCUCUUCUACGUCUUCUUCCUUAUCUCUCUGUGA